AUGAAAUUCAACCUCGCCACCACAACAUUACCAGUUUCAGAAGCAGAAAUGCUGAAUAAAACCACCUCACCAUCAUCAUCACCACCUCCUCAAUCCCUAUCUUACUACGAACUCUCCUCUGAUACUGAACCAUCUGACCCCCAAUCCCCCAAUCUGGCUCAGCUCCAAGCCCGUGCUUUGGCCUCUCAAAAGCCAUCACAUCCUGAACCUGAACCUGAAGUCACUUCCCCACCUCCGGAACAUCCAAAUCCAACCAUAUCUGAACCACAACCAACCCACUCUGAACCACAACCAUCUGAACCAACCCACUCUAACAUACCACCACCCAUCACAUCCGCUGACCCAACAACUCCCACACUUAAUCUAAGUGCCCCCACCUCACCCUCCCCAGCCUCUACCACUGAACCAAAAACUACCCUUCCUACCCUUGAAGAAGCAAUCCAGCUAAAAGGCCUCUAUGAACAAGUCCACAACGACUUUAUCAGAGACGUUGGGAUCAGACUCCAAGAGCGCCUAGUCAGAGAAGCUGAGGAACAGACAAGGAAGGAAGCUGAACAGAAAACGCGUCAAGAAGAACUUCAGAGAAUCAGAGAAGCUGAAGCAAAGGUUAUUGAUGAUGCUGCUACUACUGAGGCUGAGGCAAAAUCUAAAGCCGACGCUGAAGAAGCAGCUCGCAUUGCUGAAGAAGCUGCUGCCAAAGCCAACGCUGAUGAACUGACUUAG